AUGAGAAAGAAUUUUGUGGCAUUUUUAGUUUUUUGGCAAAUUUCGCAGGGAUUCGGGCUGUUGUGGACACUGUUUGGUGAGUUUUAUCAAGAUCUUUAGGAGAGCUAUCUUUUUUUUUUUGGAAUUCACUAACAUUAUGAAAUUAUGGAUUUUUAGAAUUUUCUCCAAACUUCCGAAACAUUUUUCCAUUGGUUUUUUUCGAAAAAAAACCGCAGAAAGGUACAACGUGGCUUCUCUGCUUUUAUUCAAAAAAUAUUACCAAUUUUUGGCAUUUCAAUUUCUUUAUAAAAAUAUUUUAAAAAUUCUAGUGCAUUUUCUGAAAAUGUCACAAAACUAUCCAAAGCUCAAAAAAAACAGAAAAGCUCAACCUCAACAUUCUUCAUUCGUAUCUAGGCUUCAAUCUGGCUACACCUCAAAAAAAUCAAUCAAGUUUUUUUUCUAAUCUACUCUACUUCUCAUAUUUCACUUGUUGAAGGUUAAAUUUUUGAAUAUUCAUUUUCCAAUAAAAAAAAUUAAAUAAUGUUUUAAUAAAAUUUCAAAUUUUUCUAGUUAACAUUUUUCAUUUUUUGAAGGACUCGGAUGUAAUUGUUGUCAAUGUCCAACCAUUUCACCACAAAUUAUGCCUAAUUUUCUUAACCCUUCGCCAAUUCUACCGUAUCCAAGGCCACCAAUUCCACCACCACUGCAGGCUCCACAAAAAAUUCAAGUUCCACUCAAAAAUUAUGAAGAUUAUUCUGCUUCACAGUUCCCAGGUCCUCCAGCUUCAUCUCCAAUAAAUCGAGAACAAUUAAAUGAGCUCGAGGAGCUCACUGAACUUCGAUAUUCAACUUCACAAAUUAUAUUUCCCCCAUCAACAACUUCAAUUCCAAUUUCGAAUUUGAAUUCAAAUUCAAUGGAAAUUUUGAAGAAAUUGGAAGAGGAAAUUGCUCUCGAAAAAUAUCGAUUAUUUUCAAAGAAACAGCGGAAGAAAAAUAAGAAUAAGAAUAAAAAACAGAAGAAACUUCGAGUUUUCACAUAUCACCAUCGUGGAAAUCAACAGGGUAUGAAAGCUGUAAUGAGACCUGGUAAGAUAUUUUGAGAUUUGAAAAACUGAAAAACUUGAAAAAUCAGAAGAAAUGUGUACUUUUUUCUGUAUGACAUCAUCUUUGUACCUUUCCCGACAAAUUCAAGAUUUUUUGAAGAGCUAAAAUCACCGCGAGACACCAAAUUUACUUCAAAUUAUUCAGACCCCAAAAGCUCUAUCUCCUCAAAUUCCGAUAUUUUCCUACCAAUCGAAAUUGGCGUCCAAGAUGAUUUAGCAAAUGAGGAACCUGCUGGACCUCCGCCAAAUGUUCGAAACAAAAUCAGCCAUGACAAUGACGUCAUACAUCGAAGAUUUAUGUUAACUUGA